GGCAUUGCGCUGGCCCGCUAUGAGCCUGUGCCUUGCUGGGGUCCUGCCUCGGGAGCCCGUGCGGGGAUGUCUCGGAGACCCCGCGCUGACUGCUGCUCAAACAUCACGUUGACAUGGAUGAUGAAGAUGGCCGAUGCUUGUUAGAUGUAAUUUGUGAUCCUCAGGCCUUGAAUGAUUUUUUGCAUGGAUCUGAAAAGAUUGACAGUGAUGAUCUCCUGGACAACACAGGAGAUGCAGCCAGUGCCUUCUUUGAGGGUGCUGGGCUGCACGUUCAGGAGUCCACUGGCAACCAUUUGAACACUGAGCAGAGUCAGCCCACAACAAGUGUUGACUUAGACUUCUUGGAAGAUGACAUCUUGGGAUCACCUUCAGGGAGCGGGGGCAACCUGCAAAACUCAGACCAGCCCUGUGACAUCCUCCAGCAGAGCCUGCAGGAGGCAAAUAUUACUGAGCAGACUCUGGAAGCAGAGGCAGAAUUGGACCUGGGUUCUUUCCAGCUGCCUACGCUCCAGCCAGUGGUCCAUACUGCCUCUGAUGGCACACCCCAGAUUUUUUCCAGUGGGGCUGACCUCAUUGGACUGCAGCAGCCCGCAGUGCUGACUCAUCAGGCACUGGUCCAGCAAUCCGUAGGGGCUGAUGUAGUCAACAAGGCCAUCAGUGUGCAGCCUUUUCUCCAGCAAGUGGGUUUGGGGAAUGUCACCAUCCAGCCAAUUUCCAAUCUACAAGGGCUACCCAAUGGAAGCCCCAGUGGGGCAUUGGGCAUUGGGCAGAUUCAAGUGGUGGGCCAGCAAGUCAUGGCAAUUAACCAGCCUGCUCAGCAGAUCAUUGCAAAGCAAGUCCAGUCUUCCCAAGUAGCUACUAUGCCAGUUGGCAGCUACAUCACUCAGACUGCCCCAGACCAGCAGCAGGUCACCCUGGCCUCUGCUGGGGUCUCACCACAGAAUGCUGGGCUUGUUAUCCAGAAGAACCUCCCAGCAGUAGCCACGACAACACUGAACGGAAGCUCCAUGUUUGGGAGUGUCUCCGCUGCACAGGGCUCCCAGCCUCUCACUGUCACGUCCAACUUGAGUAGCCCACUCAUGCAAGCCCAAAAUGUGAUCAUCCAUCGGACACCCACACCAAUUCAGCCCAAACCAGCUGGAGUCCUCCAGCAGAAGUUGUACCAGAUCACCCCGAAACCAUUUGGUCCCAACAAUGCUACUCUAACCAUCCAGAAUGAGGCUGCUCUCCAACAACAGAAAGCCCAGCAGAAUUUGACCUUUAUGACUGGGAAAGCAGGGCAGAAUGUGGUUCUUUCUGGCUUCCCACCAGGGCUCCCUGCCAACAUGUUCAAGCAGCCUUCACAACAGCAGCAGGCUCUGAGCAAGCCCAUGAGCGUCCAUUUGCUGAAUCAAGGCAGCAGCAUUGUUAUUCCAGCGCAGCAUGUCCCACAGGCCAUGUUGCAGGGUCAGAACCAGUUCCUUCUCCCAGGACAGCUCACAGGCACGUCUGCAGUUCAGAUUCCUCAGCAGCUGUCAGCCCUGCAGGCUAACAUGGGAGGCCAGAUUUUAACAGCCUCUCACCCUAGUGGUCAAACUCACAUCAUCACUAGCCAAGGGCCCGGUGGGCAGCUAAUAACCAAUCAAGCACUACCUGCUCAGAUCCUCACCAAUCAGAACUUAGCAAGCCAGUUGAACUUGGGGCAGGUCCUAACAUCACAGAAUGCCCACGGGACAGCUCACAUCCUUUCUGCUCCUAUCCAGCUGCAACCAGGGCAGGUGGGUCAACCCACUCUCUUCCAGAUGCCUGUCUCCCUGGCUGGUAGCCUGACAACUCAGAGCCAGCCUACCGUCGCAGCCUCCCUGGCUGGAAGUGCCAUCAAUCAGGCUGGUCAGACUGUUAUCCAAGGGGUCACCCUUCCUAACCAUGUGGCUAUGUUAAACGCCACUGAGAACCUCAACCCCACCGUGACCAUUCAAGCACCACCCAGUGCCAGCAGCCAGAGUCCCAAUCUUAUUCAGCCACAAGCAAACUCCAAUACCAACCUGCUGGCAAGCAACGAUCCGGCAAACAUAUUAACCGUCCAGCCCACUUCCCAGUCCACGUCUGCUCCUGCCCAGCUUCAGCUGAACCUACAGCAACAAACCCCACCACCUCAACAGCCAGCGCAACUUCCUGGGACUUCUCAGUCCAGUCCUAAUUUGGUGGCAUCUAGUCCUGAAAAGAUUAUCUUGGGCCAGACCGCUGCCGGGACUGUCAUCUCCCAGGAUUCCAUGCAGAUGUUCCUUCAGCAGAAGGACCGGAGCCAGCAACAGCAGCAGCAAUUUUAUCCACCAACCCUGAAAGUGCAGCAGGAGAAUGCUCUGAAUGAGUCUACAGUUUCUCCCCACCUGUCCAUGCCUCUGCCCAUCUACAGCAUAGCCACCACCGCACUCAGCACCACAAGCAGUGUCCCGGCCUCGGUGAUAGUCAGCAGCAGCGUAGGCACAAUUCUGCAGCCGCCUGCCAGCCGAGAGCUGAACCAGAACCACAGCCUGCCACCAGUGGAGUCCAAAGUACCUCAGUUCUCAGCUGGCCCUUCCCAGCAGGCACUGGCUUGCCAGUUGCCUUCAGGGCAACAGAAACUCCCUGGAGCCUCCCCAUCCCAUUCGCUACCUCAUCCCUCCAUGGGGGAGAGUCCCCAGCUCCAGCCCACACAUCUUUCACAGAUGCAGUCUCCACACCAAUCCCGUCCUCCUUCGCAGCCCCAGCCUCUGUCCCGGCCCCCUUCCCGGCCUCACUCGAGACCCCCUUCCCAACCUCAGACGUUAUCCAGGCCUCCUUCCGAGCCCUUGUCACGGUCCUGCACCCCGCAGACUCAAAUGCAGAACUUGUACGUGAUCCAGAAUCAAAUCGCUUCUUCCCCUCAUGGCCCUAACCAGCACCCCCUGCGGCCCCCCUCUCAGCCUCAGGUAUCAUUCCAAGCACCGCAGGCCCAGCCAGAGGGGCAGCCUCACCUGGCCACACCCCCACAUCUGCAGUUACAAGUUCAGCUUGCCCCCCAGCUCCAGCCCCAGGUUGAGACCCAAGUGCAGGCCCGGCUCCAACCCCAAAUCCAUGCUCCGUCUGAGGUGCAGCAUACCCAUUCUCCCCAUUUCCAGCUUCAGUUCUCUGCCCAGGGCCCCAUCAAAACCACGCCGACCCAGACGCUUCAUCUCACCCCAGAACAGCAGAGGAGUUUCCAGAUGGUCCAGAACCAGUUUCAGGCUCUCUCUGCAAUUCCGGCUACCAUACCUCACCAGAAGCAGCUCACAGACCGAUUUCAGCAGGUGCCCCAGGGGAUUAUCCUACAAACAAAGCAGCCUACAGCCACUAGCCAAGCAUCACCUGUGCUUAGCCAGUUCAGCAACCAAUCCUCCUCAGUACUAGUUAGUAGCCAAGGACAGCAGCAGGUCACAGUGAUGACAACUCAGGCACCUCCAGUUCACAGCCAUGCUUCUGUCUCCACCACAAUUCAGCCUUCCAAUGCUGGGUCUGGCAAAGCAGCCUCCGUGCUUGAAAAGGGGCAAAUGCAAAGAGAAAGAGGCAGUGGCAGCAGCGGAGGAGGAGGAGGAGGAGGGCAGCCUGCUCAACCAACAGCACUCCUCCAGCAGCAAGCACCUGUGUUGGUCAAAUCAGCUUCAGUGUCAGUUUCUGCUGCAGCCCCUGCGGACAGCAAAGUCUUUUCCAGCAGUUCCAUCCCUAUGCCUGGAAGCAAAGCAGCCCCAGGGCAAGGAAAACCUGCAGCUUCUCUCGCCAUACAGCAACCAGUUCAGGCAAAGCCUGGAGUCAUUAGCUCUGUGUCAGGCCAGAAUCUUGGGAAAAGUCCACUUCAGCUCCAAGCAGUUGGGAAGAGUUUGCCACAGCUCAUGCCUUCAGCACCUGCCCAAAUGCAGCAGCCGUUUGAUAGCAAGCUUGGUAGCCUGAAAAAGCCACCUCCGAUGCUACAGCCCAGCAAGGAAGCUUGUUUCUUGGAGCAGCUGCAUAAACACCAGGGGGCAGUGCUUCAUCCUGAUUACAAAACCUCAUUUCGGUCCUUUGAAGAUGCUUUGCAGAGGCUUCUACCAUACCACGUCUACCAAGGAACACUGCCUUCUCCUCAUGACUAUCGGAAAGUAGAUGAAGAGUUUGAAAUGGUGUCAACACAGCUGUUGAGACGCACACAAGCCAUGCUGAACAAAUAUCGCCUGCUGCUCUUAGAGGAAUCACGGAGAGUCAGUCCUUCAGCCGAAAUGGUGAUGAUUGAUCGGAUGUUCAUACAGGAGGAAAAGACCACCUUAACUCUAGAUAAGCAGCUAGCCAAGGAGAAGCCAGAUGAAUAUGUUUCCUCCUCUUCACGGUCGCAGAGUUUUGCCUCGUCUCUGGCUCAGGGCUCCCUGCCCAGCAAUGUCACCUCAGCUUCUGAGAACCUGAAAGUUCCUCCAGUGCAGAUGGCAACGCAGAUCAACCCCACAAAAUUGGUCAUCAAGCACAGUGGAGGCUCUCCCUCAGUUACAUGGGCCAAGGCCUCUCCCUCGCUGGAUGGUGACGAGGAUACCUUACCCUCCAGGAGCAAGCCGCCCAUCAAAACUUAUGAAGCCCGGAGUCGGAUCGGACUGAAACUGAAGAUCAAGCAAGAGGCUGGACUUAGCAAAGUGGUUCACAACACUGCCUUGGACCCCGUUCACCAGACACCGCCACCUAUCUGCACAGUGAUCAAAACGGUGGAUCAACACUCGUCCGCUUCGACGGUCACCACUGCCGCCGCCACGACCACUGCCACCUCAAUGGCAGGGCAAAUGAAUGGGACAGUGGACCACAUCUCUGCCGCUCCAAUGGAGAAAAAACCCAUUGUGACUUACUGCAGGCUUCCUCUUCGGAAGACAUAUCGGGAGAAUGUGGAUGCCUUCGUAGCAGAAAAAGCCCCUGAGGCCAGCCUGAAAAGUAGUACCCCGAAAGCGGACAUGGUGCCAAGCACCCUGAUCAUCAAGCAAGACGGGGGGUCCAGGAGCGUCAUUACCUCCCACAAGACUCACGAGGGUUCCUCUGCGACUGUGGCGGAGAAGGGCAGGCCAGAGGAAAACACCAAACACACCUUUUUCAACCGGAGUGACGCCCGUUCCCUCGUGAUGCACGAAAGCCCCGCUGCAGCCAAGACCGACGAUUCAGCCAGUGGCCUUAUGAAGGAAUUAGCGGAGGUUGAGGACGAGUUUUAUCACCGGAUGAUAAAGACCGAGCCCCCUGACCAUGGUUCUGCCACUGAACUCACAUGGGAGGUGCCCCUACCCCCAGCCAAACGCCGGAAGUCGGAAUCUUUCGAUGUGGACAAUGCCAGCUUCUCUAGCGACAGUCCCCCAGAUGACUCGCUGAACGAGCAUCUACAGAGCGCCAUUGACAGCAUCCUGAAUUUACAGCAACCUCAGGCUGGGGGUCAGAAUACCCGAACACCCUCCUCUUCCUACAACUCCUCCUCCUCCCCUUUCUCCUCCCCUGUCCACCGCACAGACACCUACCUUGCCCCCAAUCACAACGGCGGCCUUGGAGCAAGGACGUUGAACAGAUAACAGAAAUGGAAAGUGAGCGGAGACUGUACAAAGUGAGCCACGGACUGAAGCUGGAGCAGCUUCUGCUGGCUGGGAAACAGUUGGAAGCCAAGGUGCCACUCCUUAAAGAGACCCACCAGAAUGGGGCUGAUACCAGAAGGGAAUCGUGAGGGUUUCAGGUGGAGAAGGCCACAAAAAAGGCCUGUAGAGGCUUCAUCCAUCCAAGUGUUGAUAUGAUGGGUUUGGGUUGUUGUAAAAUACGAGCUGUGGCUGGAUUUACAAUACACUUGUCUCAUCACAUGCACCA